GGAUCGGUGUAAAUUACAAUUGUAGGAUAGAAUUAGAGAGAGAGAGAGGUGAUGAUGAAGCAGAAAGGUAUAGAAGAAGAAGUGGAAUUGGCAAAAGAGAGAUGCAAGGGCGUGAUAGAUAGGAUAGAGAGAUUGGGCGUGAGCCAGUCAUGCAGGCGCACUCUCCUCAGACUUGCCCUCUCUGACCUCAAUUUUCUCACCCGUUCAUCAUCCACUUCCAGUUUGAAUAUUGGGCACCUUGAGGCAAUAGUUCACAUUCUCCAACAGCCUUUUAUAACCGGAGUUUCUCGAGUUUGCAAACCCAUUUCCUCACCUGUCCAUCAUCUUGAUAUUGUUUGUACUCUCAACAGGAACCCUGUUUGGAUUAUUGUAUCCGACAGAAACCCUACCUACAUUUCCUGGGAUUCAUCCCCUAAGAAAAAAACUAAGGGCUUGAAAUUUCGACUUCAACAACUCCUAACUCUAGCCCGCACUUCAACAACUUUGAAACCUUCCUCUAUCAUUCUUUUCUUCUCCAAUGGACUUCACUGUAACGCCUUUAUUAGAGAAAAACUUUGGGAAGAAUUCGGGGCGUCUGAGAUUGAAUUGGACUUUUCAGUUUUCGAUUUUGAUUUCGACUUCUCUGAUGAUUCCGAUGGUGAGUGGGUAAAUGUAAAUGUACUUGGACGAUCGUAUAGAGGGGCAUGUGUGCUUGAAAUAAAGGUUGUUGGUGGUGAUGAUGAUGAUGAUGAUGAUGAUGAUGAUAUUACUGUUUUAAGUGCUGUCAAAGGCUCAACCACUGUUGCUUCAGUUGUGCCAAAGCUUUCGGAACUUGCGGCUGAUACUUUCUGUUCACUCAUUUCGGGCCUCAAAAUCCUCCCUUCACAUGUUAAAAAAAAGCUGGAAAUGAGGGGUUUGUUAGCCGAAGGUGAUCUUGUUAACUUUGACACAACAGCUUUGAUUGCUCUUGUAUCAGGGAUCAGUAAUGGCUGUACUCAGAAACUUCUGGCUACUCCAGAGAGUGAAUUGAGGCAGCGGUUUAAGGGAAACUAUCCGUUUGUGAUUGGACAGGUGAUGUCUGAAAUCCAAAAUCCAAUUCAUGUGGAAUUGGGCAGUAUAAUAUCUGGCAAGCUAGGCAUAAUAUGUGAAAGUGUUCAUUCAGAGUUCAAGGAGUUAGUACUAAUGUGUGGAGGGCCUAAUGAGAAAUUCAGAGCUGAUCAAUUGCUGAAGCACCUGACGGUUGUGGCUGAUAGUCCUUCCCAACGUGUGAUGGGCCUCCCAACUACCAGAAAGUUGGCAUUGAAGAACAAGGUUGUUUUUGGCACUGGUGAUUACUGGCAUGCUCCAACUGUAACAGCGAAUAUGGCAUUUGUCAGAGCAAUUUCACAGACUGGAAUGUCCCUGUUUACUAUUGAGCAUAGACCACGGGCUUUAACUGGUGAUUAGUCAUAGUAACUAAGUGUUGAGAGUCUUGAGACUUGCCUAAUAAACAGCCUUGUAGGUAACAGCAUCUCAGAGUUAGUUGGACAGAAUUGAUAUAUGUACAUUAACUAAUACCAAGUUGAACAUUUGUACAGAGUUGAUCCGCGCUAACAGUUAGCUGCUUGGCUGCUUCAAUUAAUAUUUUCACACAUGUCAAUGAAGAACGACUUGUUAUUGCUACUAAAAUAAUUGCAUGUCUGGGGGACCAAGUAAUGGUCGUUUGCUACAUUAAUUUUAUUGAAAUCAUCUCUUUUUUUCUUGCAAAAUAUCA